UAUUCAGAAAGAGAACAAUGAUUUUUUCAAAAUUCAUAUCAAAACAACUACACAUUGUAGAUUUAUUACCAUGGAUUUCAUACCAAGGAUCUAAAAUUGUAGACGUAGAUCUAAUUAUAAAUAAAAUAAUUACCAAUAAUGAUGAAUUUAUAUCAAUCAUAACAGAAUCUGUUAAUGCUGAAAAAACAGUUUGUUAUGCACCUUUACAGUGUCUACAGAAUUCAAUGAACAGAACUCGAUCAUCUAUACCAACACAAUUAACACAACUAUUACAGGAAGAUCAAUCUAAUGAUCAAUUAGAAACAGAAUAUCCAGUGAACAACAAGAAUAGAUAUCCGAAUAGUAAUGGUAAAGGUAAAAACGAAAGGUAACCAAAAAAUCAUUGGCAAUAAUAAAGGUAAGUCAAAAAAUAAAGGUAAAAAGAAA